AUGGCAUCCGACGCCCUGGCUUACGAGAACCUGCCUUUUGAUGACAAGCUGAGGAUUUACUAUGGAAAGCUGUUCCCUUACGAUGCCAUGUUCCAAUGGCUAUCUUAUUCUCCUGCGGAGCAAUCCAAUGAUAGCAAGAGCGAGGUCUUCGCGAGGAGGGAGUUCUCCUUCACCCUAGCCAAUGAUGUCUACAUAAGAUAUUUGAGUUAUUCUAGCGCACAAGAAUGGAAGGCGGAUAUGAUGAAGAAGCUCCCGCACAAGAUUGAUAUGGGUGCUGUGUAUACAAAAGAGCCCAACCAGAAAGCGUAUGUUAGCAAGGAUGCCUUCAAAGAGAUGUCGAGGGAGUUUGUUCUCGAUAUCGAUUUGACAGACUAUCAAGACGAUGGCACCAUCAAGACGAAUUGCAUCGAUCCCUCCAUUCCAGAAUUCAGGGACAGCUGGCGUUUUAUGGCGGUUGCAGUCAAGGUCCUGGACACGGCGCUGAGAAACGAUUUCGGCUUCAAACACUUGCUGUGGGUUUUUAGUGGUCGUCGUGGUAUCCAUUGUUGGGUUUGUGAUGAACGAGCGCGAAAUUUGUCAGAUCAAGGGAGAACAGCAGUUGCAGAGUAUCUCAACAUCUUCAAGGGAGGCGAGAAGGAGAAGACCAAACUCACGGCAGUCGGAUUCAACAUGCAUCCCAUGCUCCAAAGAGCAUAUGAAAAUGUGUUGCUGCCCUCGUUUACCAGACUGCUCGAGGAACAGGGCUGGUUAGACGACGAAAAGGCAGACGCGACCCUGGAUUUGAUCGGAGAUUCUGAAGUGAAAGAUAUCCUGCUUGACAGGUGGAGUAGGAAGAAGCGAAAUGCUGCAGAGCGGUGGGAAGAUUUGCAAAACGAAUUGAGGAAAACGGCGAAGAAAGGUAAAAUCACUCGAAAGAAGGCCAGCCAGGUGGAGGAGACGAUCCGGUUCUUGGUGUUUCGCUUCACAUACCCUCGUCUGGAUAUCAACGUCAGCAAGAUGAUGAAUCACUUGCUCAAGUCGCCCUUCUGCGUUCACCCCAAGACUCAAAAGGUUUGCGUCCCCCUGGACCCUCAGAAUGUGGACGAGUUCGACCCCGUCGAGGUUCCGGUCUUGGAUGAGCUCCUUCGGGAAAUGGAUCGCUCAACGUCGCAGGACAAGAACAACAUCCAGACAUCGUUGGACGGCUACGUGAAGCUCUUCAAGCUCAGGUUCCUCCGACCAUUGGCUAUCAGCAUCAAGCGGUCAGCCAACCAAGACAACCAGUCUGAACUCUUCUAA